AUGAAGUCCUUCAGUACAGAAGAUGAACUGAAAGAGUACCAAAAAAUUCACAUUAGAGAAGAAUGCCGUAACACUUUUAAUAGAGACGUGAAUCUGAUAACACGUCACUUGAUUCGAAAGUGGCAUGUAUGUUUACGCAAAAGUCAUGAUGUCAUUUUGGAAGGAGAAUGUUUCAACCAACCAUCUACAUGGCGCCAAUGCGGAUGUGCUCCCCCGUAUGCGUUGUAUGAGAAACCAAAGCCAGAUGUUGAGUCUCAGAAGUGGCUAGUGGCUUUGAAGUUGAAGAAUCCACCCAAAAGACUGUUUGUUUGUUCUUAUCACUUCAUUGAUAAAAAGCCCACUGAGGAAAACCCUUUCCCAGAACUUUGGUUGGGAUACGAGCGACCUCCCCAGCAAAAGAGACGUAAACGCGACAGAAACACAAGUGACACGCAAUCGGAUGAAGUGUGCAUCGAGCUGAAGUUUAAAGAUGCUGCAACACAAUGGGAGGACCUAACAAAAACUGACCACAUCUACGCGGCAAAGUUGGAGUUCAGACUGUGGCUGAUGAUAUGCUCCUGGAUGAUGAUACCACGCUGUUGUACACAGGACUGCGUCUAUUAUAUAUUUGUUUUACUUUAUUGAAAACGAUGUUGCCAUUUAGUAAAUCAUCAUGUAUCAUCAUAUCAGUUUCUCUGUUUAUCCCGAGGGACCCUCUAUGGUGGACCUGCGCCUGAACCCAU